GGGCAGGAGGCAGACUGGGCGGAGCUGCCCGGAGGCCCUGGCAGAGGCUCCCCUGAAGGGUGGCGCAGGGAUGGAUGAGCCACCGGGAAGUGCUCUGGGACUGGAGAGAGGGAGGAAGGAGGGAGGGAAAGGAAGUUUGCAGGAGGCCCACCCAGCUGCCAGAGCUCUCCCAGGCGUGCAGAGGCAUCAGGCCCCGGCUGUGAGGACAGUGUGCCUCGUCUGGGAGACCCCCAGGGAUUCAGCCCUGAGGAGAGGGGGAACUAUGCCAUUUUUGGGUCAGGACUGGAGAUCUCCUGGAUGGAGCUGGAUUAAAACAGAAGAUGGAUGGAAGAGAUGUGAAUCCUGGAGUCGGGAACUUGAGAGAGAGAAUAACCAGCGCAACCUGAGUCACAGCAUUAUCUUAAAUAGUGAUGAUGAAGAAAUAUUCAGUAACGAAGAGCAGGAAUACACAUCCAAAAAGAGGAAAAAGGAUCAUUUUAGAAACGAUACAAAUACUCAAUGUUUUUAUCGUGAGAAAUGGAUCUAUGUCCAUAAAGAAAGCACGAGAGAACUGUUCUGUGUCUGUUUCCAGAGGCACGGCUAUUGUACUUUGGGAGAGGCUUUUAAUCGCUUAGACUUCUCCAGUGCAAUUCAGGAUGUUCGGAGGUUCAAUUACGUGGUCAAGCUCCUGCAGCUCAUCGCGAAAUCCCAGCUGACCUCGCUGAGUGGCGUCGCCCAGAAGAAUUACUUCAACAUUUUGGACAAAAUCGUCCAGAAGGUGCUCGACGACCACCAGAACCCCCGCCUUAUCAAGGAUCUUCUCCAGGACCUGAGCUCCACCCUGUGCAUCCUUGUCCGCGGGGUCGGGAAGUCCGUGCUGGUGGGGAACAGCAACAUCUGGGUGUGCCGUCUGGAGACCGUUCUUGCCUGGCAGCAGCAGCUGCAGAACCUUCAGAUGACUAAGGUGAACGACGGCCUCACCCUCAGCGACCUCCCACUGCACAUGCUCAACAACAUCCUGUACAGAUUCUCCGAUGGCUGGGACAUCGUGACGCUGGGCCAGGUGACCCCGACCCUGUCUGCGCUCAGUGAGGACCGGCAGCUGUGGAAGCGGCUGUGUCAGUACCACUUCGCGGAGAAGCAGUUUUGUAGACACCUGAUCGUUUCGGAGAAGGGCCACGUGGAGUGGAAGCUCAUGUACUUCGUGCUGGAGAAGCACUACCCGACCCGCGAGCAGUACGGGGACACCCUGCACUUCUGCCGGCACUGCAGCAUCCUCUUCUGGAAGGACUGCCGCCUUGCUUUGUUGUUCAAGGACUCGGGGCACCCCUGCACGGCCGCCGACCCCGACAGCUGCUUCAUGCCUGUGUCUCCACAGCACUUCAUCGACCUGUUCCGGUUCUGAAGGUGCCGUCGCUGCGGGAGGGGCGUCAACACCGGGUGGCACCCACACCAGGCAGCAGCCAGUGGUGAGGAUAGGGACAUGAGGACGAGGACGACGUGGAGAACGCCCCCCGUGUGGCCAGGGCUGUGGGGCUGGUUUCAGUGACAAAGGGGGUCAGGGAACCCAAGCAAAAGCAUUUCUACUCUCUCCUCUGGAAAGUCCUUUUCAUCCAAGUCUACUAAAAUUGGCAACUUUGCAGAUUUGUAAGUACGGUUCAGUCAGAUUCUGGAUUUUUAGCAGCACACUGUGUGCUGAGCUGACACUAACAGCUAAUGCUGUUCUUCCUAACUGUCCAAUGAUGGUUUCCUGAUUUCGCAGUCAUGAGAGGCAGGGGACAGAGUAAGUGAGCCUUGUAGGUACCGGGUGCAGAGUAUUUAUUUUUCUUCGUGUGUGUUAACUGCACUGGCUGUGUCCAAGUGAACCCUCUGCGCAUUGAACCUUGGGAGACGUGUGGUGUCUCUGUGUUCGGUGGUCGGGCUGUGAGCUCUGCACAGGUUCGUGGCCGGCAGAGGCGGUGGGGGGUGCUCCUGGUGAACCAUGGGGCAGCAGCCGCCCACGGAGCAUGUGCCAUGGCAAGGAGGAGGAGGGACAGCCCUCGGCCUCGACUGCCCUGUACUGGAGCUCCUUUUACAGACAGAGUAAUAAAUCUUGUCUGUCUACCGAUGGA